UCUCUGCCUAUGAUGAGUGCCUCCUGCUGCCUCAGCCACAGUCCCUCCGGGGGUCCUUGGGCCCAGGACAUGCGGUGAUCUCAGAGCAAAGGCAGCCACCACUGCCUGGACCUUGCCAGCCAUGAAUGCCCACCCCAAGGAGAUGGUGCCCCUCAUGGGCAGAAGAGCCGCCGUCCCCAGUGGGAACCCUGCCAUCCUGCAGGAGAAGAGGCCAGCAGAGAUCACCCCCACCAAGAAGAGUGCACACUUCUUCCUGGAGAUAGAAGGGUUUGAUCCCAACCCCACUGUCUCCAAGACCUCUCCCCCCAUCUUCUCCAAGCCUAUGGACUCCAACAUCCGUCAGUGCCUCUCUGGUAACUGCGAUGACAUGGACUCACCACAGUCUCCCCAGGAUGAUGUAACAGAGACUCCGUCCAAUCCCAACAGUCCCAGUGCAAACGUGGCCAAGGAAGAGCAGAGGCGAAAAAAGAAGCGGCUGAAGAAGCGCAUCUUUGCAGCGGUGUCAGAGGGCUGCGUGGGGGAGCUGCUGGAGCUGCUGGUGGAGCUGCAGGAGCUUUGCAAGCGGCGUCGUGGCCUGGAUGUGGCCGACUUCCUCAUGCACAAGCUAACGGCCUCUGACACGGGGAAGACCUGCCUGAUGAAGGCCUUGUUAAACAUCAACACCAAAACCAAGGAGAUUGUGAGGAUUCUGCUGGCUUUCGCCGAGGAGAACGACAUCCUGGACCGGUUCGUCAAUGCCGCCUACACCGAGGAGGCCUAUGAAGGGCAGACGGCGCUGAACAUAGCCAUCGAGCGGCGGCAGGGGGACCUCACCGCGCUGCUCAUCGCCGCCGGCGCUGACGUCAAUGCCCACGCCAGGGGGGUCUUCUUCAACCCCAAGUACCAGCACGAAGGCUUCUACUUCGGCGAGACUCCGCUGGCCCUGGCAGCGUGCACCAACCAGCCCGAGAUCGUGCAGCUGCUGAUGGAGAACGAGCAGACCGACAUCACCUCGCAGGACUCGCGGGGAAACAACAUCUUACACGCGCUGGUGACGGUGGCCGAGGACUUCAAGACGCAGAACGACUUUGUUAAGCGCAUGUACGACAUGAUCCUGCUGAGGAGCGGAACCUGGGAGCUGGAGACCAUGCACAACAACGAUGGGCUCACGCCGCUGCAGCUGGCCGCCAAGAUGGGCAAGGCCGAGAUCCUGAAGUAUAUCCUCAGUCGUGAGAUCAAGGAGAAGCCACUCCGGAGCCUGUCCAGGAAGUUCACCGACUGGGCAUAUGGACCUGUGUCAUCCUCACUCUAUGACCUCACCAAUGUGGACACGACAACAGACAACUCAGUGCUGGAAAUCAUCGUCUACAACACCAACAUUGAUAACCGGCACGAGAUGCUGACCCUGGAGCCCCUGCACACGCUGCUGCAUAUGAAGUGGAAGAAGUUCGCCAAGUACAUGUUCUUCUUGUCCUUCUGCUUGUAUUUCUUCUACAACAUCACCCUGACUCUAGUCUCCUAUUACCGCCCCCGGGAGGAGGAGGCCCUCCCACACCCCUUGGCCCUGACACACAAGAUGGGGUGGCUGCAACUGUUAGGAAGGAUGUUCGUGCUCAUCUGGGCCAUGUGCAUUUCUGUGAAAGAGGGCAUCGCGAUCUUCCUGCUGAGACCCUCAGAUCUGCAAUCCAUUCUCUCUGAUGCCUGGUUUCACUUUGUCUUUUUUGUCCAGGCUGUGCUCGUGGUACUGUCUGUCUUCUUGUACUUGUUUGCCUACAAGGAGUAUCUUGCCUGCCUUGUGCUGGCUAUGGCCCUGGGCUGGGCAAACAUGCUCUACUACACGCGGGGAUUCCAGUCCAUGGGCAUGUACAGCGUCAUGAUCCAGAAGGUCAUUUUGCAUGAUGUUCUGAAGUUCUUAUUUGUAUAUAUCGUGUUCUUACUUGGAUUUGGAGUAGCCCUAGCCUCGCUGAUCGAGAAGUGUCCCAGUGACAACAAGGACUGCAGCUCCUAUGGCAGCUUCAGUGACGCGGUGCUGGAACUCUUUAAGCUCACCAUAGGCCUGGGUGACCUGAACAUACAGCAGAACUCCAAGUACCCCAUCCUCUUUCUGUUCCUGCUCAUCACCUAUGUCAUCCUUACCUUUGUCCUCCUCCUCAACAUGCUCAUUGCCCUGAUGGGAGAAACAGUGGAGAAUGUCUCCAAGGAGAGUGAGCGCAUCUGGCGUCUACAGAGAGCCAGGACGAUUUUGGAGUUUGAGAAGAUGUUACCAGAAUGGCUGCGGAGCAGAUUCCGGAUGGGAGAGCUGUGUAAAGUAGCAGAGGAAGAUUUCCGGCUGUGUUUGCGGAUCAAUGAGGUGAAGUGGACUGAAUGGAAAACGCAUGUCUCCUUCCUCAAUGAAGACCCAGGGCCUGGGCGACGAACAGAUUUCAACAAAAUCCAAGAUUCUUCCAGGAGCAACAGCAAAACCACCCUCAAUGCAUUUGAUGAAAUAGAUGAAUUUCCGGAAACUUCAGUGUAGAAGCAGAAUCCAGAGCUGGUGUGAGCACGGGCCGUCUGAUGCUGCAGGCUGAGUCCUGGGUCUUGGGUCCUGGGUCCUUGGUCCUGGGUCUGCGCUGAGGCCUACAGAGCCAUGGUGCCUUCGCACGAGUGCCCAGGAACGGAAAGCACCUUUACACUGAGUGCGUGGCCGAACUGAGAGGCUGUCGAUCUGUCUGAGUGGGAAACACCUUGGAUUUUUUUUUUUUUUCUUUACUCAGGAAAGGGUUUGUGCAAACACAUAGCAGGCAGCCCUGAGCCUGGGAGGACUCCCUGAAGUCCAGGGUGAGGCCACUGGGCUCAGCAACUGCAGGCCAGCUUGGCUUGGAGAGAGGGGUGGCAGGGAAGGGGCAGAGAGGCCUGGGGAACAGAAUUUCCUUCCUGACAACAUCUGCUUGAUGGGUGGGGCCCACACAUUCCACUGUCUCCCUUCCUGUGACUGGGUCUCCUGAAUUUAAGAGAUUCUUGAUCCCAUCCCAGAACAAACAGGGCGCUGAACUCAGUCGGAUGUCCUAGGGGAGGAGAGGACUGAACUAUGGGACUGCCCUUCCCAAUCCCUUCAGGGAACAGGAAACUACCCUUGGAAUGGGUGCUUUGGGACCCCAAGGCUCCAACUGUCUCAAACCGAGAGACGUUUUUAGUAGACUAAUUAACACAGGGUUUUUAUUUUCAAUAGAGAAAAGACAUUUCAGUUUUGGAGGAAAGUUACUUCAGAUGAAGUAUGUCAUUUUAAAAGCUGAGAAACAGAUUUGGGGAUUUGGGGCUGCAUAUAAGUAUUAUAUACUUGGCCUUGGGGUGGCCAGAGCAGGGACAAAAAGCUUUUCUUUACACACAAAAAAGUCCACAGGAGAUGUGACAGGCAGGGUCUGUGUGGGCCAUUGUGACCUGGGUGGAAGAGCUUGGCUCUUGUCCUUGUCCUGGCCCUGUCAUCACACAUGCCUCCCAGCUGGGAGUGUGGCUUCGUCUGACACAGAAAUAGCAGCUGCUCUGUUUAUAUGGUCUUAAAUCUCAGAGGUUACUAUUCUACGUCAGUAUUUCUCAUUGGAGGAAUUUAACAAACUACCUGAAAUGCUCUGGUAUUAAAUAUUUUUGUUAACUGUGAAUUUUGAGGCUGAGGGGAAGGAGUGUGAGAAAGGAGUAUUUGCCAAGACAUAGGGCUGCUUUUUAGAGCCUUCUCCUCUGAUUUCCUCCCCCCUGAAAUUACACAGAGUCAGUCUGGAACAGAGGUCAAGUGGGGAUGGAAGACUUCUGGGUCACUGGCACCUAAACAACCAUAAAAUCCCCUCUGCAUUAGGUAUCUGGUAAAAGGAUUCAUGUGGGAAUUUUAGAGGUGGAAUUAUAAAGAUAUUAACCGUGAAUUUUAAUUUUAAAAGGCAUAAAACUAAAUUUGGCCUUUAGACAACUUGGCAGUUGGCUAGUGAAUCUGCCGUGAGGCAAACUGAGGAGUGCUGGCCAAACAGUCCACUCUGGGCUGCUCUGUGUGCCAACUUCUCUGGGUGAGUGGCCGCUUGGCCUUUGUGCCCCUUGGGGGCCGGGGCUGGGAGAGGUGAGGUGGGUCGAGGAUGAGCCUGAGACCCGCACAGUCCGCGGCAGCCUCUGCACUCUCAGCUGAAGCCAACCAGGGCUCUAAGCCGUGGUGCUCAGAUCAAGCUCUGGUUGUGAGCAGGGGUAGCAGGGACUAGGCAUGUUCUCUGGAAAGGGAAGAUUGGGGGAGGAGGAUCAUCAUGGAGGCAGGAGGAGCACAUGCAUUCCAGAUGGGUGGGAAUGGUGCCAAGGAAAUUUCAAGGACAAAGAUUUUGGUUCCAUUCAGUCUAGCAACUGCUCCAGAUAUUGGGGAUGUUUAAGUAGAACUUAUUAGGGAUGCUGUUAAAGAUUACAAUCAGAUGGAUGGACUUUGAGAUCCUUCUAGCCUGGAGAUCAGCCUCCUGUAUCUGGAGUCCCCUACUUGUACACCGCCAAAGCAAAUGUCCUGGUCUGAAGGGCAGCCAUUUGGAUCCAUGGUGCCAUGGUCUGGGAAUUCAGAAUUGUUUUGAUUUGGAUAAUAAUGGAUAAAGUCACACAACUCUCCAUUUCUGACUUGAAUAUAAGCUAGGACAGGGGGGUGAGGCAGAUGGAAAUUAAUAAUGGGAUCUUGGUCUUCUCACACAUCUGGAGAGCUGUUCUCUGUGAGUCUGGAUGGAAUAUGUUGGCAGGGACAUUUUUUGUACCAUAUUCAUCUCUCAAAGGGUUUUGGCCUAGAUUAUCUGGGCCUUGGUAGGUUUACCAAGGCAAAAGGAAGCAAUGAGUCAAAGAUCAUUUGUUUGAAAAAUCAGUUCCCUUAUUUUACACCUGGAAACUAAAGCCCAGAAAGGAAAAUGGAUUUGUUUAAAACCACGCAGGAAGUCACAUCAGAGCUGUUGAAGCUGCAGUGUUCUGACUCCUGGGCCACAGGUAUCUCCCAGCACCAUUUGUUUUUUUAGCACAUUCAGGAAAUUUGAACUCCACUCUGUGCUUGCCACACAUGUUAUGUCAGGCGGCUAAGGCUUUUUGCUCAGAUGAUUCAUGUUGGCAGUUUCCAUUGUCCCAGUGAGCCCUAUGACAGAUUUGAAAUUCAAGUGUGCACAUAGCUGUGUACAUACCACACACAUACACACACACCGCACUGAAUCCACGGUCAUAUUGGGACAUCUUAAAACUUCAUGAUUUAUAUUUCAGUAAUUUAAGGGGUGGGCAUUUCCCAAGGAUGGAAUCUCCCAUGCUCAGAUAAUGGCUGUGGCUGAGAAUUUUCCUUUGCCUACACUGCCUUAGGAAGGAUCUAUUAUUUUGACAUCGUGUGAUGUAUGUUAAGAAUAAACAUGGUGCUUGCCUUCCUCACUGGGAUGUAGCAGAAAGUGGACAAGGUUGUACUGUGAAGUAUUAAGCUCCUAGAAGGCUCCUGCCUAAGAGAGUCCAGUAUUACUAAAGUCCCUUUCCUUCCCUGAGGCCUGCUUGAACUGUGUCUUCUGGCUCCGGGCGGGGCCUGGGUCGAUGGGCCGUUAUCCCGGUCUAUAAGCCAUACUUGAGUUUUGCAUUGAUUUACAUGUUUAUACUGUGAUCUUGAUCCCAAACAUAGACUUGUCACCUCGUUCUCAUUGAAUGUGCCUGAUCAUUGUAAAUUUUAAUUCACAUACUUGUUCUCAGUGUUGUGUGUGUGUGAAACUCUGUGUUUAAUUAACUAGUCACAAAUAGAGUAAGAACAUUUUAGCACCUUUGAAGAAGUGCUUUUAUGAUUUCUAAUAAAUAUUUAUUUUGCCUUGUUAUGA